UGUAACCUGCCCACAGCUCACAGCUCUCUGUAGCGUCCAGUGUGAGAGAAGUAAAGCAUUUCACAAAGAACUUACUCUGUCAGAUUGUCUUAUUUGCAGGUAUUUACACAGUGAGAGCUCCAGGAGAAAGAGCUGCACUGCUGCAGGCUGUAAUCUGCCCUGAUCCAGGGGAAGGAUGGACAGCACGGGGAGGAAAGUGGUCGUCUGUGAUAAUGGCACUGGGUUUGUCAAGUGUGGUUUCGCUGGGUCCAAUUUCCCAGAGCACAUCUUCCCAGCACUUGUAGGACGUCCUGUCAUACGCUCAGAUACUAAAGUGGGGAAUAUUGUGAUCAAGGACCUGAUGGUGGGAGAUGAGGCGAGUGAAUGCCGCUCCAUGCUGGAGGUCUCCUAUCCUAUGGAGAACGGGAUGGUACGUAACUGGGACGACAUGCUCCACCUGUGGGAUCACACUUUUGGACCAGAUCGUCUGAACAUCAAUCCGUCUAACUGUAAAGUGCUGUUGACCGAGCCACCUCUGAACCCUCUGAAGAACCGGCAGAAGAUUGCAGAGGUCAUGUUUGAGACCUACAAGUUCCACGGCAUCUACAUCGCCAUCCAGGCUGUGCUGACGCUCUACGCACAGGGUCUCCUGACAGGUGUGGUGGUGGACUCAGGUGAUGGUGUGACUCAUAUCUGUCCUGUGUAUGAGGGAUUCUCCCUUCCCCACCUGACACGCAGACUCGACAUUGCAGGACGUGACAUCACACGCUACCUCAUCAAGUUGUUGCUGCUGAGGGGCUACGCCUUCAACCAAACAGCAGACUUUGAGACGGUUCGGAUGAUGAAGGAGAAACUGUGCUUUGUGGGUUACAACAUAGAACAGGAGCAGAAACUGUCCAACGAGACGACUUUUUUGGUGGAGUCGUACACGCUGCCAGAUGGGCGCAACAUAAAGCUUGGUGGAGAAAGAUUCGGGGCUCCAGAGGCGCUUUUCCAGCCGCACCUCAUCAACAUAGAGGGAGUCGGGGUGGCCGAGCUUCUCUUCAACACCAUCCAGGCUGCUGACAUCGACCUCAGGGCGGAUUUGUACAAGCAUAUCGUGCUGUCCGGAGGGUCUACCAUGUAUCCUGGGCUGCCCUCCCGCCUGGAAAGAGAGCUCAAGCAGCUGUACCUAGAAAGAGUGCUGAAAGGAGACACAGAAAAGCUCUCGAAGUUUAAGAUCCGCAUCGAAGACCCCCCUCGCCGUAAGCACAUGGUGUUCAUGGGUGGAGCCGUGCUGGCCAACAUCAUGAAAGAUAAAGAGUCGUUCUGGUUGUCGAGAGCCGAGUAUGAGGAAAAAGGCCUGAAAGUGCUCGACAAGCUCGGCGGUGGAACAAAAUGAACCCGCACUUGCAUGAAAACAAAAAUACAUUUAUGGACAAGCACUAUACUGACACACAAAUCCACCAAUUCAUUCUCAUAUAUAAUAGAAAGCUAAGAAAGUACGAAUAUAGUGAACCAUGCAGCUUUUCCUGACUACGAAAUGAUCCAAACCGACCCGAACUUUCUAAACUCCAAGCGACCAUGAUGUCUCCACACUUCCACACCUCACUUUUAUUGUCAUAUUGUAUGUAACAUUAGCCUAAUCAUAUUGCAUUGACACAUAAGUUGUUUAAAGAAAACAACAACCCUUUGUAUUUGUAAUUAAGAAUAGAAAAAUGAGUCCAAUAUCAUUUUGUUGAAACUGAUAGCUGAGUUACGAUACUUUUAUGCCUCCCUGUAAUCACUUUCUGUUCUUUUACUCCUUCAUGCUACUUGUUUUAAAGUUAGAACUCUAACUAUA